AUGAUGAAAUCGAUAGCCGCAGUCAGCUUUCUAUGGCUUCUUCAAACAGCUAGUUCCUUCAAUGUACAAGCUCCCACAUCAUCAUCGAUGUCGAUGAUUCGGUCCAAAAAUAGGGCACCUUCUUCGAGCACCAACCUCAACAUGUAUUCGAGUGUUGAAGAGGCAAUCGCCGAGGCACAAAGGAUUUGUGCAAUGAACCCAGCGGGCCAAGAAUGCAAGGUUGCCUGGGAUAUUGUGGAGGAGUUGGAGGCUGCCGAUAGCCACAGUCGCAAAAUUGCUCCCGACAUGAGUGCGGGUCCUACCAACAUGAGUCCAGAUUUGGUUGCUUUGGUGGCCAGCUUUGACAUUUUGUCUCAAAAGCUUGACGGCAAGAUGGACCAACUCAUUGCAACAACAGAAAAGUUGCAGGAACUCGGCGCAGAUGAUCCUGCCAUUGCAGAGUUGUCAGCAAGAGCCGUAGAUAUGCGCAGAGUCUUGGCGUACGUCAAUCAAGAAUUGAAAGGACAGGUAUAG